AAUCUUAAAGGGAAAUCAGAUUAAGAAUAAAAACUACUGUCCCUGAGGGGAUUUGCCUGUCUUGAUACAUGUAUGCCUCCUCAGCCGCAGAGAAACUAGUGAAAAGGGAAGACUGUGUGGAAUGAAGGAAAAGAGGAGGAGAUAAAUAGGAGCAGAGAGAGACUGGCUGGGGGUAAAAAAACAACAGGAAACCAACCGAUUCUAAUGCUGUUUCUGCAAAUCCUUCAGAGAUAAAGCAGCGGACUGCCACGUCCCAGCCAAGCAGCAGUCACACCAUGUCUUUUCUCUGAUCAUCACUUGAAAUAAUGUCAAUCUAAAGGACUUAAAGCUUAGAAGGUGACGUUACUUCUGCUCUCAGCCUCCAACAGUGUGGUUAGUCAGAAUGUGAGCGGAUGCAGAGUUUUUGGGAGCUGAUUGCUGGGAUUUCUAUGCGGCUGCUUUUUGACCUACAAACCCAACCUUUUUCUCGGGGUCAUAUGGAUCGAUCGCUGUGCUUUCAAGGAUCUUUUUGUUUUCAUCAUCUGGACUACUAACUGGAGCCACAUGAAGAAUAAAGGGACUAAGCAGAAGUCCAAGAAGAAAGGAAGUGAGAAUGCGUUCGGCUGUGACCUGACAGAACAUCUCCAGAAUUCAGGACAAGAUGUUCCUCAGGUUCUGAAGAAAUGUGCAGAGUUUAUUGAGGAGUAUGGGAUUGUGGACGGGAUCUACAGACUGUCAGGGGUCACCUCAAACAUCCAGCGUCUCAGGCAGGAAUUCUGCUCCGAGGCGUGCCCUGACCUUACAAAGGAAGUGUACCUCCAGGACAUCCACUGUGUGGGUUCCUUAUGUAAGCUGUACUUCAGGGAGCUACCCAAUCCUCUGCUCACAUAUGAGCUAUACAGCAAAUUCACUGAAGUGGUCUCAGUCCAGGGGGAUCAUGAGAGACUUUUAUACAUUCAGAAGGUCAUCAAAGAACUGCCGACCUCUCACUUCAGGACUCUGGAGUACCUCACUAAGCACUUGGCCCACCUCGCCACCUUAAGCACUCAGACAAACAUGCAUACACGUAACCUGGCCCUGGUGUGGGCUCCAAAUCUGUUAAGAUCUAAAAACAUUGAAGCUUCUUCUGGUAACGGAGACAUGGCUUUCCAGGAGGUGCGGAUACAGCAGUCAGUAAUUGAGUUUAUCCUAAACCACACAGACCAGAUCUUCAGCAGUGGUUCACUGCAACUCAAACCCAAAGAAGGGCCGACUUUGAUGUGUGGGGAGAAGUACGCCACACUACCGAUCAGUGGCCAGUGUGGGCCGAUGAAACUCAUGAGCCUGGAAGAAGCUCAGGCCCGCUCCCUGAGUCCAAACCAUCCCGUGCACAGAGAACGUCAACGAGAAAACAGUCUUCCUGACACCAGCACUGCCACGCUCUACCACACCGUCAUAGACAUAUCAGACAGCAAGAGAAAGUUUUCUGGGAAAUCGAAGAAGUGGAAGUCCAUCUUCAACCUGGGAAGGUCUGUGGACUCGAAGGGAAAACUGAGCCGAAACGGUAGUGUGUUCAUAAGAGCACAGGGGAUGACAGAAAAGGCAGCUCUACGUCCGUCCAGGAGCAUGGAGUCCUUGUGCUCCUUACCAACAGAUGAUGACAGAACAGGAAACAAUAGUCCAGGUGGUGGACCCGGCAGCAUUUUUGUUCCAGAUGUGAAAUCCAGAACACUGGGAUCUGACUCGCUCUAUGACCUGAGUGAACGCGACCAAAACUGGGAGUUUAAAGGGAAGAAAGCCGGCGGGGCAACAGGUGGCUGGAGCUCUAGCAUGAACCAAAAGGGGUCACCAGGUGCUUCUGCGCCCCCUCAAAAAACACUUCCAGAGCAACUGAAGGUGUUCAAAGGGGAUGACCUCAGCGGCUACAAGCCCACGUCUCCGAAAAACAGGAGGAUGUUGUACUCGGGCUCCACCCAUAACAGCUCAUCUCGGCCCUCCUUCCCAGGAAGCUUCUUCCCGCUGGAGUCCUCGCCGAGGCAUCAGCGGCGAGCUGUCAACAUAUCUGAGCCUUUUGCUGUGUCUGUACCCCUGCGUGUGUCAGCUGUUAUCAGCUCUAACAGCACGCCAUGCAGGGGGCACGCCAAGGACAAAGCAGCUGCUCUGAAACCCUGCAAAGAAACCUCAGAGCAGAGCAGCAACAGUGGAAAGAGCAAAACUUUCCCCCAACUGGAACCAAAGAAGCAGGAAGGAAAGGAGAAGAAAAAUACAGAGGAGCCGACCUCUAGAGUACCGCCAGAGGAUACAAGCAAGGAAGUGGUACCAGAAGGUCAAGGAGGGAUGAGUGCUUCUGAACUGGAACAGCCCUGCCUUGCAAAUGCAAGAGAAGGCAAAGAUGCAGCGCCAUCUCCUGGGAAAGAACUGCACAAGCAUCCCUUAGCAAUACAACUGGACAAGGGAUGUUCUACUGGGAAAGAGCUGUGGUCCGACCUCCACCAAGAACUGAAGAUAACUGAACCUGAAACUGACCUGCUGGAUGAGACAGUUAAACCAGUUUUCAGUUCCAGGAGCACUUGUGAGGGCACAAAGUUAACGAUGGAUGUUAAGUCAAAGAGAAGCCGCAGCUCUCCGUCUCUGUCCUUGUUAUGUAGGGAGCAGUUUUCAAAUACCUCUCUGAGUGAUCAUUUAAUCGCCACUGGAUCAGACUGUGCAAAGAAACAACAGUCAGAGUCAGACAUCUUAUUUUCUCUUCACAAAAACUUUGAUGUGAUUGUUGGUGGAAGCCCAGAAUAUUCCCGGCCUGCUGAUACGGUGGACGAGAAAGAGAAGAAAGUGCAUCAAGAAAUCACACCCUUAAACAAAGAUGAGCCAGCUUUCAAGCAGUGCCACCUUGCUUUGAAGGAAACGUGUUUAGAUAAAGUUAUGAUUCCUUUGACAACAGAGGAUGCUCCAAUAGUCGGAGGCUUCUCAGGAGCAAAUGAUACAGAUAAGUCACAAAAACAUGAAAUCCCUCGAGAAGACAAACACAUCUCCUGUCAUGGAGCAAAGAGUGUGAUUCCUGGGUUGGAAGUUAUUCAGAGGCUUUCAGUGUGUUUGGAGGAGAGACGUCGCGCCUUGGAGCUUCCAAACCUUGACGAUGAUGAAGGAUGUGGAGGAAACUCAGAGGAGCUGGACCUGGUGGAGCCCUGGGAGGAUCUUAGCUCCACCAAACAGUGGGUUACCAGUCCACUCCACUCACCCGACGUGGAGGAGUUGUUGAACCAGCUGUCGCCCUUCAGCACUCGUGGGGAAACUUUGAGCUCAGAGGAGGGAAAGAUUUCAUCUCAGUCGGUUGAUAGUAACAAACAGCCUGCCGUUAAGAGCACUGAACGCUUCUCAGGAAACCCUCCUCAAACAUCCAGCUGCAAACCAGAAACUAAAUGGAUGUAUUUGCCGUCAGUACCUACACGGGUCAGUGUGAACAGCCACAACGCAGCACAAUCUCACAUAGGAAAAUGCAGCACUGCAAAACAGAAGAAUACAGUGUCAUCUCAUAGGUUUUACAGACAGAUGUCUUACGAGGCAGCUGCUCCAGAGAAAAGAGAGGAAAAGUGCUUUUCUAAGCACAGACCAUAUUCACUGAAUUUAGACCUGGGGCCUAGAUGCAUCAGAGACAUUUCUAAUCAACAAAACCGUAAUUCGUCAGAGUUUUCAUCUAGUCAGAGAGGAUUACUAACAUCGACUGGGGCUGUAAACAAUGGGUUGCCCUCAGAGUUGGAGCUGUUUCUGAACGAUCGGCAGGCGCCUCUACGCCGAAAUUCAGCUCCAGUCAGUGUGUCAUCGGUGCGAACAGCCUUCAUGAUAAAAACGUGCCAGGCCAAAGCUGUGCCGGUCAUCCCUCCGAAGGUGCAGUACAGUCAGAUACCUCACUCCAGACACGAGAAUGAUUUUGAUGCAUUGAAGGAACAAGAAAAGGAACAUCCUAAAAUGAGCACGGAGAAAAGCAACGCUGUGCCUCAGGUGAUGUCAGAUCUAAAGGAGGAGCUGGAGAAUAAAGAGCCUGCCCCCAAACACCAGAAACACCCAAAUGUUGAGAAAUCUGCUGAGUCCAUGAAGACCACAUCUACUCCAGAACUGCCGGUCAUAACAAGGAGACACGCUCCCAGUCUGGAAGUGUUUGUAGACUGUCCCAGACCUAACAGAGGGAACGUUUUACAAAGACCAUCCUUUAGGAACAGGCAGAGACCUCAGAGUCUCAUCCUGCUCAGUCCUCCUUUUCCCAUCAUGGACUACCCACCAUCAGGGGACGAUGGCAAGCUCCUUUCAUCCAUCAAGAGCCUGAAUGAAACGUCAGCGGUGAACGUCUUUUCUAAAGAGAUGGGGGAGAACUUCAGGACGUCGGAGGGGAUCACUCUUCAAAACAAAAUGACUAUUCCAAAAAGUGGACAGAGACUGGAAACGUCAACGAGCUGCUUCUACCAGCCACAGAGGAGGUCCAUGAUAUUUGACAGCAGGAGCCACAGGCAGAUUGAGUGACCAGCGGUGCAGUCAGUGAUUGUGAGACUGAGUGUCUGUAAAUAGAUGCAGUUUAUGAGGAAACCUAUUGUUGAAACUGAAAGGAAGGUGAUAUGACAACCUGUUGCAAAUCACAUGGUUUUGUUUGCAAUGAUUUAAGUGAUUCUUGAGGGAUGAAGUUAUAGUAAAAAUUCUUUCUACUUUUGCAAAAGUCAUUAAGUAUUUGAGAAAGAUUUGGGGAAACCGUGGUGAAUGUGAAAGCCAUUUAAGCAACUGAUGAUUUUUGCCAGUAUCCAUUAAUCUGCUGAUUGUUUUCUUGAUUAGUAGAUUAAUUCUUUCAUGUUCAUGUCAAGUUACAGUACAUUUGAGAUAUGGAAAUCAAAGUCUACCCUGUCACUCGCAGGAUGUGGUACUACACAGUCAUAGUGCAUCACUGCCAGAUCUUCUCAAAAGAUUUAGAGAUUUAACAAACUAACUGCUGCCAUAGGUCUCGGAAGAAAUGCCACCAGACUUUAUACUGCACAUUCAGGAAGAUGGGGCAGGAAACCUAAUUUUUGACCUUGGACACAGCAGCUUGACAAAAACAAGAAAGAAAGAACAGAUCUUGAACUCAACCUGCUAGCUUUUCCAGAGGUUUCAAUCAGUGGUGGAAGACGUACUCAUAUAUUUAAGAAAACGUGCCAAUACGAUACUGUAAAAAUACUCCAUUACAAGUAAAAGUACAUACAUAUCAUCUGAAAAUUGUACUGUGAAACGUUGCCUGUGACUGACAUAAUAAUGGUCGAGUAAAACUACUCAGUCACUUUCCGCCACUGGUUUCAACGAUAUCUCACAUUUCUUUUCCUCAGUGGACGGAGGUUGCUCAUUCGUCAGGUUCCAUUCACUGAGGAAGACUAACACACAGUUGAAAUGUCCAGAAAAAGCCAGAAGUGUGAGCUUAAAGGUUUAAAUUUAGGCUUUAAAUUAAUCCUAAAUUUGUGUUCAUAAAGAUUUGUUGUUUAAACAUGCACCUUUCUCUUUCUUGUUUUGUAUCAUUUUAUGUUGCUCUUAUCGACAGCCAAAGUUUAUACUGUAUUUGAUUUUAACCUCUUCACAUAAAAUUUCACAUCUGAAUCUUUAAAUAUAUCAGAAGCUUGAAUUUAUCCCUGGACUUUGAGGACUCUGAAUACAGGAAGUGUACAGUUUAAGUUAGCAAAACUUAAUUUAACGCUAAACUGAAGAACUGAAGAUAAACUGUUAAACGGUUUAACAGCCAUGCAUUUGAUCAUGAAGAUGUGUUUAUUUGUCCCAAUUACUAAAGUAAACUUGAUACCUAUGAUGCAUUAUACUGUAUGUAGCUGUUGGCUCUGUGAUAAGCUGAUGUCAAUGUAUUUUUUAUAUAUACAUUACAUAUUUAAAAGGAAAUUCCUCUUUCUGAUUUAAAUAUAUCAGAAGUUUAAUUAAUAGUAUUUACCCACAGAAGGACUUUAAUGUGUAUCUUUAUUUUCUGUAAUUACUUUGUAUUUUAUGGAAGUUUGAGAGAGAGAGAGAGAGAAAGAAACGAUGUUGUCAAAGGAGCUGCUCUCGUUGUAGAGGCUGACUUUGUGCACACUGACUGUUCUCAAUGUGUUUGGACCUCGAUGGUGCUUUGAGUCAAAGUCAGACGAUGGCAUCUACAGGUUUUGUGUCUUUUCUUUGCAUCUGAUAUAAUUACCUUUUGUGUUAUUUUUUGGGUGAGCACCCAUGUGCGUAACAUAGUCUGGACAUUAACGGAGGUUACAGUAUUUUUUUAAAGGUGAUUUGGAUGUUGUUGAAGUUGCAGUGUGUUUUAUGCUGUAGUUUUGAUGGAUUGGAUGAAUGAUUACACUGUUAAUCAAAAAAACAGUUUGGAUGUUAAUGGUGAUUUCCAUGUUUUUGUUUUGUUUUUUUUUAAAUCUGUUUUGUAACUUUUGUACACUUGUCUAUAGUGCAAAUUAUUGUGUAUUCUGGGGAAAAACACAAAUUGAGAAUUGUGAGACAAGCUUUUUGCCUCAGUUGUCUGAUGAUGGUAAUGUACAUAAGACACUUGAGUUUUGUUACAACAAAAAGUUAUGAGAAUAAAAAUUUAUGAAAGUC